UAACUUUGCUAACUAGCGCUUGUAGCAGCCUUGUCAAAACUAGUCGCCGAGCUGCAUCGUGUUUACACGUGAACAAGGUGUCCAAAGAUCCGGCACAUCUCCUUCCCUAGAGGUGGACACUGUACUGUAAAACUGGGGUAUCCAUAUCCUUUGAUUGUGUCCUGCUACGGCUGCCUUCCACUCCGUGACUCACUGGUCACAACAGGGCCUCCUUAGAAAAAGGACCCAAACUGUAGCUCCAGGUCCCCUCUGGUAGUGUGUGAGACGGUUUGCACUGAAUUGAUUGGGGACCCCCGAAGUGACAAGUCAAAAUGUCGUCCAUUUUGCCGUUCACCCCUCCUGUGGUGAAAAGGCUUUUGGGCUGGAAGAAGUCAACCAGUGGACAAGGCAUAGCAGGCGGCGGAGAGCAUAACGGGCAAGAGGAGAAAUGGUGCGAGAAGGCGGUGAAGAGUUUAGUAAAGAAGUUAAAGAAGACAGGACAGCUAGAUGAACUGGAGAAGGCUAUCACUACGCAGAACUGCAAUACAAAGUGUGUCACCAUCCCCAGCAAUUGCUCUGAAAUAUGGGGGCUGAGUACACCAAAUACGAUAGAACAGUGGGAUACAUCAGGCCUAUACAGCUACCCUGACCAAACCAGAUCUCUGGAUGGCCGCUUGCAAGUCUCCCACAGGAAGGGGCUUCCCCAUGUUAUCUACUGCCGCUUGUGGCGGUGGCCGGACCUUCACAGCCACCACGAGCUGCGUGCCAUUGAGUCCUGUGAGUAUGCCUUCCACCUCAAAAAGGACGAGGUCUGCAUCAACCCGUACCACUACCAGAGGGUGGAGACCCCAGUGCUGCCUCCUGUUCUCGUGCCAAGACACUCAGAAAUACUACCGGACCUGCCACCUCUGGAUGACUACACUCAUUCUAUACCUGAAAACACAAACUUUCCUGCAGGUAUCGAACCCCCAAACAACUACAUACCAGAAACGCCCCCACCAGGCUAUAUCAGUGAGGAUGGGGAGGCCAGUGAUCAACAGAUGAAUCAAAGUAUGGAUACAGGCUCUCCGGCAGAGCUGUCUCCUAGCACGCUGUCCCCAGUCAAUCACAAUAUGGACUUGCAGCCGGUGACUUACUCGGAGCCGGCAUUCUGGUGUUCGAUAGCCUACUAUGAGCUGAACCAGCGUGUAGGGGAGACAUUCCACGCAUCACAGCCCUCGUUGACAGUGGAUGGGUUCACGGAUCCAUCAAACUCUGAGCGCUUCUGCCUGGGCCUGCUGUCUAAUGUUAACAGGAACGCCACUGUGGAGAUGACGCGAAGGCACAUAGGAAGAGGAGUUAGACUUUACUACAUUGGGGGGGAGGUGUUUGCUGAGUGCUUAAGUGAUAGCGCUAUCUUUGUCCAGAGUCCAAACUGCAACCAGCGAUAUGGCUGGCAUCCAGCGACAGUGUGUAAAAUUCCACCAGGUUGUAAUCUAAAGAUCUUCAACAACCAGGAAUUUGCUGCCCUGCUAGCUCAGUCAGUCAACCAGGGUUUUGAGGCGGUCUACCAGCUCACCAGGAUGUGCACCAUCCGCAUGAGCUUUGUCAAAGGCUGGGGAGCCGAGUAUAGGCGGCAAACGGUUACAAGCACUCCCUGCUGGAUUGAGCUGCAUUUGAACGGUCCCUUGCAGUGGCUGGACAAGGUUCUCACCCAGAUGGGUUCCCCAUCUGCACGCUGCUCCAGUAUGUCCUGAACAGCUAAGGAAAAGCCCCAAAUAAGCCGAUAACAAAGAUCAUGUAACUCCUAAACUUGUGAGUCCUUUCAUGGAGGAAAAAAGGAAAUCCUGCAGAAUCAGUUUCUGUUAACACACUUCAUAAUAUCUGUGGCCAAGUUCCACAUUCCUCUCUAAAACACACAUGCAAACACACACAGAAGAUCAAAUGCACCCACACUUUUACAACCACAUAUAUUCAGAUACAGACUUUUCAGUAAAUAAAACAAAUAAAGAAAAUAAAGACAUAAAAAAUUGGCACUUUGUUACCCAUCUAUGUCAUGCACCUUGUUGAAUUGCUUUGCCCCAAAUCCUUAAUAUUAGAUCUAUUUGUGGUACAAAUGAAAUGUAUAUUGGUUUUUAGUCUGGGAAGAAGGGGAAAUACCAAAAAUAUCUGUGAAUAGUUUCUCAAUGUUGAAGAUUGCUUGUAUAAGUAACACGAGCUUGAAUGCUAAAGUGAUUUUUGUUCCAGCCCACCACAGCCAUUGUUCUGAAUCGAAGUUUACUUUUCUCUUGGAAACUUGGCUCCAUAUUCUGUCAGAAGGAGGUGGCUUGGUGAAGAAACGAUGGCGUUAGUGGCCAUUUUUCCUUUGAAGGAAAUGCCACAAUGUGUUUAUGAAAAUUUGAUUGAAUUGGCUUUGCCACAAUAGCUCUUUCUUUUUCUUCUUCUUUUUUUCUUUUUAAGUCGUGUGUCGUUCAAGACAUGCCUUUUUAAAUAGACAAAUAGGAAUGUUAGUAAAAUAUUUCCACAAUUCUAGUCAAACUGCAGUCUUAGUGUUUUUUCUUUUUUUUUUUUUUCUUUCUUUUGGUGUAUGUGUGUCAUUAUAUGGCACUUCUUGUUCAAAUGUAGUUGAUUUGCAACCCCACUGACGCUGAUCAGCCUGGUAAUGAAGGUAUUGGCCAGGCUUUGCAGGGCACGCUGGGCAGGGACCAGAGAUCAGCUGUUGUUUAAACUUUUUCUUCUUUUUUUUUUUUUUUUCUCUCUUCUUUUUUUUGACACAACACUGGGAGUCCUUGGGCUCUUUUAAGGUGAAGCAUUAAAAUUCUUACCAAAAGAAUUUUGAAGGUAUCACUGAAUUAAUUCUGUUCUUAGCCUGUAUCCCCAUUGAUUUGCUACUUUUUUUGUAUUAUUGUGUAUUUUUAUAUAUAAAUAUACUUAAAAUUUCUGUCAUUCACUUUUUAUUGAAAUAUUUUCCAGACCACAUUUGUUUGUGAUGUGGCAUGGAGGGCAUGUAUCAUUCCUGUGUUUUACCCCAAAUUUCCAAUAGCAUAUCUUUUUGUUUUGGUUGAUCAUCAUAACCACUGCCCUACAUGAUGUGUAGCCUAUAUCUAACCUUGUUUUUUCCCUAGAAAUCUGUUGUAUUCAAAGUACACAAAACAACAGAUUUCACUGAAACCCCCAAAUCUACAUCUCUCUUAAGGUUUUGAUGAUUCUACAGGUAAAAGAUUUGUAGCGCAUUCAUUCAUUUCCUUUUUCAACGCAUGACCUCUUGUAGCUUUUUGGUGCUUACUCAAGCAAUUUAAAGUCAGUUGGACUCAAUUGGCUUUCCAAAUGUUACAGAAACUGGUUGGAGAGUGAAUGUGUCUGCGCACUGGGACAUCCUGUGUUGAUGUGUGUAUUGUAUUUGUUCAUUCUUCAUAAAAUACAGUAUGUUGAGCAAGGCUUACUACCUUUUUUUUAAGACCUUACUUGGCUUUUGAAAGUUUAAUUUGACCCCCAUGUCUCCCUCCCAAAUGAAGUUAGAGAUUGUCUUUGAGUGAAGUUUGGAUUUGGGGAACUGAACCAUGUUUUAGGGUCCAGUAUUACAUUGUUUUUAAUCUUUGACCUACAACAUAUGAAUGUGAAGAAAAUACAUUACAAAAUCUGAUGUGGACCAGACAUGCAUAUUCAUAACAGUAGUACAGUAUGUGUGUAUUUAACAGUAAUCUUUUUGCAAAGCAGUCAGUACAGUAGAUGUCGCAGUUGUUUUAUCAGUAGGGGGCAGUAUUGAUAGAGCAGUUUUGGUUUGUUUUUUUGUUGUUUUGUAUUUUAUUUUAUUUUUCUCUGACCAUAAGCUUCUCAGGCGUGUGGCAUAUUAUGCAGACUUCAUAAAACACUAAUAAAGAUUUUUAUUCUCAUGA